AUGACUUCUUGUAAAUACGUCACGACACAACUUAAGUCGAGGCAUUUGACGCAAGCGCAGAUCGGUCGUCUGCUAGAUUACAAUCUGCACACUCAUAUAAACCGUCAAACCCGUUAUGCCGCUAGAGAAGAGCUUUUGACGGCAUUGGCAGACAGGUUCGAGCACUGGGACGAAAAAAUUAUCGUGCUUCCAGUGAAUGAGUCAUUAAAUGGGUACAUGUUUCAGAGGGGCAAAUUCUCAAUGACGACGCCGCUAUCAAUGCCACUGGGGGCCAUGCUCGAUGGUUUUAACGCUAGCUACGAACACCCUUCUCAGUAUGGUCCCACAGAGGAUGUCCCAACGUCUGAGGAGUUGCUGCUAUGGAUUGGCUUGACGCAUGACGAGCCACUCGGCCCGUGCCCACGCCCUAACAGAUUUCUGAAAAAGUAUGAUCGUAGCGAACGUCACAGUAACCGCAAAGCGGAGACGGCUCUGUUUGUGCUUAAUCUUCCGAUAGCAUUGCUGCUACGAUACACUCUUGAAUUACUCAAACCCUGGAAGCCUACCUUCUGGGUGAAGGUCCUACCCGUGUUCCAAUCACUUGAGAAGGCGCACAAAAAACGAGCAGAAUACAACCGAGACUUCACUCGGGCCUGUGAUGCUCCUCAGUACGAGGACCCCCGAACUGCACGAGACAGGAGCGAUAUAUGCCCAGGGUUAAGGACCCAAAAGACCAAGUCAUCAUCAGGGAAAUCAUCUUGGGCUUUUUUCAAGAACCCAGGCAACAUUUUUGAAGACGCCACUUUUCAAUAUCUAACCAAUAAGUUGGCGGAUGCGUAUGGACGCUGCGACGGGACUCCUAUGCAUCUUGAUAAGCAUCUCAUUGAAGCUGGAUAUCUACAUGAGGGGCUAGCGGGUCUGGAUUGA